GUCUGAAUCAGAACCUUCUCCUCCAGCCACAAAGAUGACGGUGCAGGUCCCUGCUUCACCCUGGGAUGGGCGGUGCCGUCUUCCUGGUCUUUUUUUCCAUUUUGGGGCAUACUGUGUCAGAGGUGUUCUUUCCAUUUAAGCUUUCUGCUGGUAAGGACAUUAAGCGGGGGAGCAAAACUAAACUGCAUCCUUGUUUUCCAUGGCAGUCCAAAUCCUUCUUAUCAUCUGACAUAACAGAAUUACUUUUCCGGCCCGCACUACACUGAGCUUCUGGAGAGCAGGGAACGGUGAUCAGUUCAUCGCUCUCUUUACUGCCUCCACCCCCCCCCCCCCAUAAAAAAAUAAAACAAGCAGAUGACAACAAAUACACUCUCAGCAAAUGUUGACUAGAAGGGAAGGCAUGAGUCACGACUGUUUAUUUCAUCCUGCUAAAUGUAUGGUAUUCUUUAGCCCACGACCUCCAUAUGCCAUUAAAAAGUAAGUAGCUUUACAAGUUUCCCAGAAUUAGGAUAGAUGUACUGUGAUCCACACUCCUAAAAGGGCUGUUGCACUGGAAGAGAUACGUAUCUUUAAGACAAGGAACCAGUCAGAGAGAGGGAGAAUGAUGCUUUCUUUUUUUUCUUCAAGUCAAGGAAAAUCCAGUUCUGGAGCUGUGGCUCCAUCAAAGUUAGUCGAAUUGAGCAGCUCCCAUCCUCUUCAUUUUUCCUUCUUGUGGGGAUUAACUGCCCUACCAGAUUCUAACUGGGCUUCCUCAAAGCCGGUGGUUUUAUCCUGGGAUUUGUGGUGCACAGACUUGGGCACCCCCUUCAUUUAAACGUCAAUACCCUCCCAGCAGUGGUUAUUCCUUAGGACCAAGUGUUGUUCUUCCCAGAAGCUCUCUUUCCAAAGAUCGGUUUACUCCAAAUUCCUUUAUCAGAGUGGAGAGAGGUUUUAGAGUCAGAGGACCUUAAAUCCAUCUGGUUUCUGCCAUAACCAGGGGUGUCAAGUCCUCCUUGUAAAACAGGGAAAAAGGAUUCUUAACCAGCAAGGUUACUGACUGAGACGGUGCAGGUCAUCUUUUAAGCGGUUAUAGUUCGGCAAUGAUAGAUGGUCAAUAAAUCCUCAUUUUGAUAAGGACCUUGGGACACAGACAAAUGGGAGGGGAGACGAUCUGAAAUUCUGGCCACUUUCCAGCAGUGGGGAAGCAAGGGCUCGCGGUCGGGAUAAAGGGCCCAUCUUAAAUAAAGUCGCUCCUCAUUAGGGGGCGCUCUCUCUAGCCGUUUCACGAACUUCAUAAUCCCUGUUAAAGGACAUCAGGCUCUCCUUGCUAAGUCACUCUUGGUCUUAAAGUACUUCUACAUCUUAAUAGGGAACUCUUCUAAUCAGUCCCUGUCUCUUGUAGUAUCAAGAUCAACCAAAGUCUACACGGAGGUUCUUCAGGUGGUUUGAGAAAGUGGGACUUUUGACUGUCAGCUACCAGCUCUCCAACUCUACUCCCACCCUCGAAUGUGGAGCGGGCGUGUUCUCAGCUCGCAGCUAGGGUUUAAUUUCCAUUUCCUCCCGGUGGCUCUCCACGCUCCGGGGAGGUGGGGCGCCUGCCAUCCGCGUGUGGUUUUGGGGUAGUAACCUCUUGCGGCGCAGCCGCCCUCCUCCACCCACAGCGGAGGCCGUGACGUCACGGGCCUGGCCCGGGUCCCCGCCCGGCCUAUAAAGCCGCAGGUGCGCGCCGCGCCUCCGGAAUGUUCGCACACCUUUUGCCCGCGCCCGAGUCGGAACCGAGGGAUCCCGAGGCGAGCUGUAGGCGCUCGUCCAGCGCCCGAGCCCGGCCGGGCGGCGAGCACGGCCGCACACUCCCUCCUGUCCGCUCUCUCUUCCGCCACCUCCAGUUCCAGCCGCGACUCCCGGCCGAGUUGCCCCAGAGACCGCGACGCCGCCGCCGCGCCGAGGGACCAAUGAGAGCCCCGCUGCUGCCGCCGGCGCCCGUGGUGCUGUCGCUCCUGAUCCUGGGCUCAGCCCACUAUGCUGCUGGAUCAGCUGCCAACGACACCUCCUCUGGGAAAGGGGAACCAUUUUCUGGGGACCACAGUGCCGAUGGAUUUGAGGUUACCCCAAGAAAUGGGUCCUCAGGAAGGGAGAUCUCCCCUGUGAGUGAAACGCCUUCUAGUAGGGAACUGUCCUCGGGGAUCGACUAUGAUUAUGCAGAAGAGUAUGAUAACGAACCACAAAUAUCUGGCUAUAUUGUAGAUGAUUCAGUCCGAGUUGAACAGGUAGUUAAGCCCAUGAAAAACAAGACAGAAAGUGAAAAGACUUCAGAUAAACCCAAAAGAAAGAAAAAAGGAGGCAAAAAUGGAAAAAAUAGAAAAAACAGAAAGAAGAAAAAUCCGUGUGAUGCAGAAUUCCAAAAUUUCUGUAUUCAUGGAGAAUGCAAAUAUAUAGAGAACCUGGGAGCAGUAACAUGCAAAUGUCAUCAGGAUUACUUUGGUGAACGGUGUGGGGAAAAGUCCAUGAAGACUCACAGCAUGGUUGACAGUGAUUUAUCAAAAAUCGCUUUAGCCGCCAUAGCUGCCUUUGUGUCUGCCGUGAGCUUCACAGCGAUUGCUGUUGUUAUCACAAUCCAGCUUCGAAAACGAUACUUCAGGGAAUAUGAAGGAGAAGCUGAAGAACGAAAGAAACUUCGACAAGAAAAUGGAAAUGUACAUGCCAUAGCAUAACGGAAGGGUAUCGGAUCGGAGUCACUGCCAAGUCACAACCACGAGUGAUGCGCUGGCUCCUCUUUUCGGUGGAUCAUAAGAAAACGGAACCUUUUCGUUCUGAUGGUUUUAAACUUUCAAUUGCCACUUUUUAUGCUAAGUCUUAUUUCUGUACAUAAAGAUGCAUGGAGAUAAAAAGUA